GCGUCAGGGAGUGUGUGUGAGCAAGGGAGGGCGUGUAGGGACGAGAGAGAGGGGAGGACGACAGCCUGACCAAAUAAAGCCAUGGGGGAGUGUGUGUGUGUGGCCCCCCCGUCUCUAUAAAUACGUUACGCGUCUGCAGGAUCAGGUUUGGCGGCUGGGUCUUCUCGGCUGCGCACACACACACACACACACACUCACUCGGCUCUCCACCGCUUUCCGCCGACACACACUCUCACACACACACACCGACGCCCGCGCCAUGCCUCGAGUGGACGCAGACCUCAAGCUGGACUUCAAGGAUGUCCUGUUCAGACCAAAGAGGAGCAGCCUGAAGAGCCGCUCCGAGGUGGACUUGCAGAGGACCUUUACAUUCCGUAACUCCAAGCAGACGUAUAAUGGCAUCCCCAUCAUCGCCGCCAACAUGGACACCACGGGUACCUUCGAGAUGGCCCAGGUUCUGAGCAAACACACUCUCUUCACGGCUAUGCAGAAGCACUAUUCCCUGGAGGAGUGGAAGAAGUUUGCUGCUGAUCACCCAGAAUGCUUAGAGCAUGUAGCGGCUAGCUCGGGCAGUGGGAAAGCGGAUCUAGAGCGUCUGAGUGCCAUCCUGGAGGCCGUUCCUCAGGUGCGCUACAUCUGCCUGGACGUGGCUAACGGCUACUCCGAGCACUUCGUGGAGUUCGUCAAGACGGUCCGAGAGAAGUUCCCCACACACACCAUCAUGGCUGGUAACGUGGUGACAGGAGAGAUGGUGGAGGAACUUAUUCUGACCGGUGCUGACAUCAUCAAAGUGGGCAUCGGACCAGGGUCAGUGUGCACGACACGAAUCAAGACUGGCGUGGGCUACCCACAGCUGAGCGCCGUCAUAGAGUGUGCCGACUCCGCCCAUGGGCUCAAGGGACACAUCAUCUCAGAUGGUGGCUGCAGCUGUCCUGGUGACGUGGCCAAGGCUUUUGGAGCCGGAGCUGACUUUGUCAUGCUGGGUGGCAUGUUGGCGGGUCACGACCAGUGUGCCGGUGACAUCAUCGAGAAGGACGGGAAGAAGUUCAAAAUGUUCUAUGGCAUGAGCUCGGACACGGCCAUGAAGAAAUACGUCGGGGGAGUGGCCGAGUACAGGGCAUCGGAGGGUCGGACGGUGCAGGUGCCAUAUAAGGGCGACGUGGAGAACACAAUCCGGGAUGUCCUGGGCGGCUUGCGGUCCACCUGCACGUAUGUGGGGGCCGCCAAACUCAAGGAGCUGAGCCGGAGGACCACCUUCAUCAGAGUCACACAGCAGUCUAGUCACAUGUUCACCUAGUCACACACACACACACACACACUCACACAUACACACACACACACACA